AUAAAGAAUGUCGAUAAGAACAUUUAACUUUAACUAAUAUCGUCACAUUGGUCGAAUAUUCUAAACCUUAUAAUGCUUAGAAGAGCUAAAUAAUUUAAAUUUUUCAGAAUCACAUUUGAUUCUUUAUUUUGGCUGAAAACGUUUAAAGAACAAGAAGCGAAAUGACAUUUUUAUAGCCGAAAAUUAGGAAAGUGCAAAUUGUGAUAACCUCAACUGUAUAUAAAUCAGUAUAAAGUUAAGAAAUAGAAGCGCGAAUGUGAAUUUUAAUUUUGGUCAGUCGAGUGAAAAAAUUUUUGGAUAGGAUUAAAUCUGCAAACAGUGACAUUUGGUGGAUUCAAAUUCUGUGUGUAACUGACCUUGAAAAUUAAAAGGAAUAAAAAAAAUAGAACAAAUUUAAUUGCUUUAUAAAUUAAUUUUGAUAAUAAUAUUUCAAUAAUCUCGAGCUUCAUGGAUGAUAAGGAAGCACUCACAGUUUCAUACUCACUCUCAAUUAACGAAGAUUUGUCAAAAAGUGACGACAACUCGAAUGUGUUUUCGCGUUCAAUAUCGCUGAGGAGUUACAAUAAAUGGUCGCCGGCUGAGCAUGGAGUGACUUUGGCAUGGCGUGACGUGAGCGUUUAUGCAACAAAAGGCACAAAAAAGAUCAAGAGGAUUAUUAAUGGAUGUUCGGGAGCGAUCACAAGUGGCUCAUUGAUAGCUUUAAUGGGAUCAAGUGGAGCAGGAAAAAGCACUUUGAUGUCUGCUUUAGCUUAUAGGAGUACCCCCGGUACAGUAGUCGAUGGUGAUAUUUUAGUAAAUGGAUGUCAAGUUGGUCCAUUUAUGCGUCGCAUGUCUGGUUUUGUACAUCAAGAUGACAUUUUCUUUGGAUCAUUGACAGUUAUUGAGCAUCUUACGAUUAUGGCACAUCUGAAAUUGGAUCGUCGUGUGAAAUCUGAUGAAAUUGCAUACACAAUUCGAGAUUUACUUGAGAGAACGGGUUUAACUAGCUGCAUGCAUACCAAAAUUGGAGAAGAUGGCGAGGGAAAGGUGCUGUCUGGUGGCGAGAAGAAGAGGCUCUCAUUUGCCACAGAAUUGCUUACACAUCCUGCGAUACUCUUUUGUGAUGAGCCAACGACAGGACUGGAUUCAUAUAAUGCUCAAAAAAUAGUAGAGACGCUACAGGAUCUAGCAGAAAGAAGGAACACUGCCAUUUUGUGUACAAUUCAUCAACCGUCUAGUCAACUUUUUGCUAUGUUUGAUCAAGUUUUGCUGUUAACGGAAGGUCGGGUUGCAUUUUUUGGGGAUCCAACUGAUGCCAUUGAGUUCUUUGCUGAAAAUGGAUAUAAAUGCCCUGUAAAUUAUAAUCCUGCUGAUUACCUUAUUGGAGUUUUGUCAACAGAGUAUGGGCAAUCAGAAAGAUCAGCUCAAAGGACAUCAUCACGUAUUUGCGAUUUAUUUGCGGUUAGUGAGGCUGCUCAUCAACGAGAUCUCCUAGUUAAUUUAGAAAUACACAUGCAUGAAAGUGGUGUUUAUCAAAUUGAGGAUGAAAUGUCGAAUUUCAAACCGCCUUUGGCACUUACCACAAUUUAUUGGCUUGUAUGGCGAUUCUUUGUCACUACAAUCCGUGAUCCAACAAUACAAAACUUGAGAAUUUUACAGAAAAUUGGAAUUGCUUUAAUGGCUGGAUUAUGUUAUGGGGGUACUAUUGAUUUAUCUCAAACUGGUGUUCAAGCUAUACAAGGAAUUUUAUUUCUGUUUGUAUCGGAAAAUACAUUCUCACCAAUGUACUCUGUAUUGGCAUUUUUCCCUCAAAUGUUUCCAAUAUUUCUACGUGAAAUUAAAUCAGGACUUUAUACCACGGAUCAAUUUUACAUAGCCAACGUCAUCGCGAUGCUUCCUGGCUUAAUAGUCGAGCCCUUGAUAUUUAUCAUGAUUGCAUAUUGGCUUGCUGCUUUACGUCCAACACUAUUCGCAUUUGUAAUAACAAUCAUCUCAUCAGCAUUAGUCAUGAAUGUAUCAUGUGCAUGCGGAAUGUUUUUCUCAGCAGCUUUCAAUUCCGUGCCAAUGGCAAUGGCUUAUUUGGUUCCAUUCGACUACAUUUUAAUGAUAACAUCUGGUGUCUUUAUUAGACUUGAGACUCUAACUCCUUUACUGUCAUUUCUACCGUACUUUAGUUGGUUGAUGUACGGAAAUGAAGCGAUGAGUAUUGUUCAAUGGGAAGAUGUCAAUAACAUUCCAUGCAUCGACAGCAAUUCAACAGACAUUCCGUGCUUCAAAACUGGAGAUGAAGUGCUAGAGCAUUACAGCUUUAAAAGCAGUCAUCUAUUCAUGGAUAUAUUCUCGAUGUGCUUGCUCUAUAUUGGAUUUCAUACGCUCGGCUAUAUCUUUUUGCAACGUCGAACGAGAAAGUAGAGAGAAAAAAAUUCAUUAAAUUCUGAAAAAUAGAAGAAAAAAAAACUUCCUCAAUUUAUAUUUUUUUCUUUUUACUUUAUUUAUAAAUCUUCAUUUAUCUCUUUCACAUAAUUAAUUUAAUUUCUUUUAUUUCUUCAAUUUAUGCAAUUAAAAAGAAAAUUUACAGAGCGGCCCGUUGAAAAACAGUGUUUUUUUUUCAUUGAAGAGAGAGAUAGAGAGAAUAACAUCUCAUUUACUUAUUCUUACAUUCUUUCUGUUUCAAGUACAACUUUUUUUUUAUUAAUAAUUAUCAUAAUGUCCAUCUAAUUUUUUUUUUCAUAUUUCUUAUCAUUUCUGCCAUUCGAUUUAUUUGUUUUACUUACUUACAUGUAUAUGCGAAAAUAGAAACGAAAAAUAGGAGGGAAGGGAAAACUUAUGACAUUUAAAAAGAACAUUUUAAUUAUUUACAAAAAUAUUAUUAUCGUUUUUUUUAAAGAUGUUCUGGAGUUGCUUGAGAUUUAUUUAUUGAAAAUUGUUUUUCAACGGUUAUUAUUUGAAAUCUUGAAACCGUUCAAUUCCAAACAUUUGUAUGGUUUUGAGAAAACAUUUACAUUGAUUUGAAUUGAUUCAAAUAUUCAGAACCAUUCAAUUUCUUUGAAAUUGCUAUCGAAACCUUACAAAUGUUUAUCAAGCUAUUGGAAUUGUACAGUUUUCAAACUCAAAUAUUUCGUUUUAAAUAAAUAAAUCUCAAUCAACUUCAAUUGAUGAAGGUGUACUUCUUAAUCUUCAUAUUCAAAGAAUUGCAGCUGAUUGCGAUUUAAGCUAUUGCUUUAAAAGCUGGAUGGCCUUUUUAUUUUUCCAAAGUAAUGUAAAUUUAGUCCAAUUAUUAUUCAAAGUUUGAUUUUCAGAGAUCUUUUAAGCCCUUCCCAGAAUAAGAAGCACACCAGAUAUCAUUUUAUAUUAUCGAUUGGACAUUUUGAUGAACGUCAGUUACAUCUCAUUUAACUUAAAAAAAUCAUCAUAACAAAAAAUCGCGCUGAACACGAUUUUAUCUACUUAAAAAUUUAUAAUUUUAUAUAAACUCUUUUUUUUAUUCUUUAUAAGUUCAUACCAAGGAUCGGAUUAUGAAUGGGUUAUAUCUGUGUGUUUUGCAAAUACUAUCUCUUAUUUUUCGUUUAAUAUCAAAUUUGAGUGAUUUUUUUUCUCAUUUUUUUUUCUCUAAAUGUCAUCCAAUUGAAACUGUAGAAAGAAUAUUCUUUUAGGUACUUACUCGAAAUCUUUAUUUUUUUUUCAUUUUUUUCAAAUUUUUUCUUUUAUUUAUUCUCAUCAUCGCGUUGUCGUAAUUUACUAUUUUUAAUAAUACAUUUGACUAAUUAAGAGAUCAAAAUGAAUAUCUUGCAAUUCAUUUAAAUAAUAAUUUUCUUUUUAUAUUUUUUUUAUAAUGUUAUGUUACUGAAACAGCAGAGAUGAAUGAAUUUGAGAUGUAUUUGAGUAAAUUGUCAAAAGUCGUAUUGCGUGCACCACUUUUUGGUUGACACAUUGCAACCUUCUUAGGUAUUAAUCAUGGUACAAGUUUAAAACCGUAUGCAACAUACGAAUUUAUACAAAAUAUCUUUAACAUUGUAAAAUUCACCUAGAAACAUCCACAAAGUUGCCAUCAUCUCCGCUCCAAAAGAAGAAGAAUAAUUGAAUUAAAAGAGAAGAUGAAUGAAAAAGACGAAAUUGAAUUGAAGGAAGAAAAAUCAAGCGACAUUGAAAAAGUUCAUUGCUUGAAUAAAGCAUUAAAAUGGCUUCUUUUGGUCUUGGUCCCGAGAUAUUAUAACUGAAGUGAAAAUUAGCUUUUAUAAUUUCAUUAGCUAUGGCAUCGGGGGGAGCAACAAAAAAAUUAAAAUGGAAGGAAUUUAAAGUAAAUUUUAAUAAUCUCGAAUUGCAUUAAGUUUGUUAUGAAUGUGCGAAAAGAAUCAAAACAUUAGCCGCUUGAUGCUUGUAUAAAAUAUAUAAAAAAAAAUCUUAAUUAAGUAAUAAAAUUUUUUGGGGUCAAUUUUGAUGAAGUUUUUUGAAUAUCAAGUCUGGAAUUUUUGAUGAUUUCUCAUUUUUAGUACAGUUUGUGAGAUUUACAGUCAAUCUGAGAUUUCGAGUAGGUGUUGAGGGUUAUAAUCUUGGGAUUUAACUUUAAUCCAUUGAAUAUUAAAUUAAUCCAUAAGAUUAAAAAAAUAAAUCUGUCGAAUUAAAAUUAAAUCAAGCGGAUUAAAAAAUAAUCCUGUGAUUAAAAAUCAUAUCUUAAGUUUAUGGAUUAAAUCCACAGUCAAACACCAGCCAGAAACCAAAGAUCAAGUAUAAAUCUCAUCACAGACCUGAUUAUCAUCAACUCUACCCCAAUUGACCCCACAAAGGUGGAUUUUUCUUCACAUUUUUUCUUGUUUUAUGUUAUUUUCUUGUUUAAUUAGUAAAAUCAAUGGCAUUUAUAAAAGUUAUUCUUAUUUUUCUGCUUGUUUUUUUUUGCGUUAAUAUUAAGAGGAAGAGACAAAAUUAUUAAGGAUAAAUAAUAAAAAAAAAUCUAUAAAAUAAAAAUAUAAUGUCACAAUAAUUCAUUUCUGUCAGCACAUGGUGACAAUAGCUUUACAUAUUUUUUUGUAAAAAAUAAUAAUAAUAAUAAUUUCUUUAAGGAUUUCUUUUCAUAAAAAAUUGCGUUUCAUCUCUUCUUAUGCUGAUUUGAACUCUGUUCUUUGAAAAAAAAAAUAUUAAAGCUCGGCAUGAAUGCGGUUAUGUUGGCUGUUAUCAUCAUUUCUACAUUUAUUGCAACUUGAAAUAAUAAAAUAAGAAUUGCCGAAUUUCUUUAUUGCACCGAAAGACGAUUGGGUGAGCAUGGCGAUCUGCCGAGAAUAUUCAUUUAUUAAUGAGAUUUUAGCUGAAUGUUUUUUAUUUGUUUUUAUUAUCAAAGAUAGUGUCUGUUCUUCGGAUUUUCAUUGGAUUUAAUAGUUUGAUGCGCAAAUCUGAAUCAUUUUGUUUUAAAACUGUAUAAAUGUCUGAAAUUGUAAGGUUUUGACAUUAAUAUCGAUGAAUUUGAAAGUUUUUGAUCGCAAAUCAAAACAAUUGUAUGGUUUUGAUAACAAAUUUGAAACAUUUGUAAGGUUCGGUGUUCAAAAAAAUUGCAUGGUUCUCAUAACAAAUUCGAAACAUUUGUAAAGCUUUCGAAUGGAUAGUAAUUUGGAAUUGUAAAGCUUCCAAACACACUGUCAUUUUCAAAACAUUUAUACAGUUUCUACAAACAAAAUAUAACAUUUGUACAGUUCCAACAAUCAAUUCAAACAAAAACCAAAGAACAAAUUUAAUUUUUUAAAUCUUUACAAUAGAUACUUUUCAUCUUUUUUUCACUUUUGUCUUCUUCUGUUGACUUUUUUUUUAAAUAGGCACUGAUGAUUUUUUCAUUAUUAUUUUUUUAAACUCAUAAAAUAGUAAAUGUUUAAAACUUUAUUAAUUCCCAUCAUAUCAAGAUCUUUACUUAAUUAUUGUAUGUACUCUCUUGUUUUUUUUGUUUGUUUAUUUAAAGGACAGAAAGGAAAUCGAAAACGUAAAAAAAUCAAAAAAAAAAGUUAAAAUGUCUAGAGAAUGAGAAUAUGUUACAUAAUUUUCAUCUACACAUAUCCAUUGUAUUGUUUUUUAAUCAUCAUGCGAUUCCUUCUUAAUCAAUUUUGAUGGUUCAUUUGAUAACGUUGGUACUGGUUGACAAAUAAAAUUAUUAUAAUUAUCAUUAACGCUUACGCUUGUAAAACUACCAAUAGUACUCUCAUUAUUGUUGUGUUUCGAAUUAAAAUUACCACUUAAAUCACUAUUAUUAUUAUCCGUCGAUGAUGUACUUAGCAUGCUACUUUUAUUAACAUUAACAAUUGUAUUUGUAUCGUCAAUCAAUUGUGUGAAUUGAUUGUCGCUGGAUGGUGCAAUUAUGAUUGGAUCCUCUUGCUAAUCUUUUAUCAAUCGAUAGAUGUGAUGCUGUGCACCGUGUUCCGAUGUUGACACUUCAAAUACAAAUGCAAUGCACAAAAGGGUCUCUUGUGUCUCUUUGUUUGUUAU